AUGAAAUUGGAAUUUUAUAUUCUAAUUAUUCUGGCUUUGAAUGUGCUCUCGAUUUUGGGAGAUCAUCAGAGACCUAAAUGUCCAGAACCAACAAAGAAUACUAAAUUAUCGACUUCGGAGAAACCGAUUAUUGUUUUUGUAGUUGGAUUCGGUAACAUUGGAAAUGAUGUGAGUUUUUAAAAUCUAAGCUAUUGAAACAAUUAAAAACUGUCACUUACAGAAAGAAAACAUUGCAUAUCUAUUGAACCAAUUGGCUUGUUGGAUUCCAAACAAUGAAAAUGUCCGUUCCGGCGCAUUUCAUACUUUCAAUAAGGAUAUGAAUACAUAUGAUCAUACACAAGUGAAAAAGACGUGGAAUUUUAUAAAAGACUUUUUUGAAGGUUAAUUCCCAGUUGUUAUUUUUUCAAAAUAUCAUAACAGUGAUUUUUAGAACCAAAUUCAAUCGCCUCAUGUGCCAAUUUUACAACUGGACUUCAAUUUCUGAAAACGUAUAAUUGGGGUCAAGUUGAUAAGAUCAAAUUGAUUGUUCAUGAUGAUUUAAUGACUGGAACAACCAAUUGUGAUCACAAGAAACUAUUUGAUGAUGCACAAAUGGGCGCGAAAUUCGAAUUGUAUCAAGUGAAAUUCACAAAUGGCAAUGAUCCCAACACAAUGUACUAUCCAAAUGUUGCCACGAUCAAAACAGGAAGUGAGUGUUUUGUUAGGUUUAAUGUCUACGUUGGAGUGAAGCAGUUAUUGUGUUAUUAAAUAUGUAUUACAGAAUUGGAUGCCCCCGCUGAUCUCAAAACUGCCACCAAAAACUUGUAAGUUUCCUCAUCUAUCACAUUUCAUCGAUAUAAUCAUCCAACUUCUCCGUUUUCCAGCAUGCAGCGCAUCCUCGGAGCUGACACCAAUUCAAAAGCCAAAUCAUCCAAACAAUCCGACGAUGAUUACACUCUUCUCAUUGUCAUUGUUGUCAUAGUUGUGAUCGUUGGGCUUAUGAUUGGUGUUUUGUUGAUUAUUUUCCGCAAAAAGAUUUGCAAGAAAUUGGCGAAGAAAAAUGAUAAGAAGGAGGAGAAGAGUGAGAAUACGGAUGAAAAGACGGAUCCUCUUGCUUCAAAACAACCAUCAUCAGUUCCUAAAAAAGGUUAGAUUUUGAUUUUUUUGUGAAUGAAUGAAUGAAUGAAAAAUUGAAUAUUUACCUUUUUUUAUUUGUAGAAGAUUAUCCGUCUGAACUUUUGAUCUGA